GUUCGACCGAAAGGAAGGCAGUAUCAUUUGCGUUGGUUGCUAUUGUUAGGAUCAUUUAAAAUUUGGAUCUGAGUGAUGUAUUACAACUGUGGUUUAGAGUGGUGAAAUUGAUACUUGAAAUGACUAUUUUCAGAAUGGUAAAAGGUUAUUUAGACCCAGUUGAAGAUCAGUAAGUGAAAAUUGACUUGUGUAUUGUGCAACUUGCAACGGCCAUUGAACUGGGAAUUCGGAAGACUCAGAAUCAAGAAUGGUAUUGAUGUUGAAAAAAAUUGUGGGUCGCAAUAUUUGCAACUCCUCAGUUUGGCUGUUCAUGUGAAAAUGGUGAAGACAAGAAGCUGCGACGUAAGUCAAGAUUUGGAAGCAGCUAUGCCUGUUAGAGACUUGUCCGUGAAAGAGGAGAUCCUUGAGGAUGCCGAGAGUGGAUCCAGUCAGCGGAGAACGGAAAAGGAUGAUUCCUACCCUCCGCAGUCUGGUUCUGGCUGGGGUCGUGAGUUACGCAACCGUUUUGUAUUUAACAAUAAUGAGCGUGACCGGACCUCAACAGACUAUACCUUACGCUCCCGUUACACAGAACAAGUAGCAGUGGGUUCCCGUCGUCGGCAUUUGCGCAGUUGCAGAGUGUCUGUCUCGCUUGAUGAGAGAGGCCAUAUUUAUGAAGAAGAUGAAAUGAUGGAAGAUUCAGAUGAUAUUGCCAUGUUUGAGGAGGCUGAUGAUGAUGAUGAUGACGACGACGAUGAUAUCUUUACACCUGUUAAAAGAAGAGAGAGAGUUCGGAGACAAAGAUCUCGUCGGCGAAAUUUGAGGGCAUCUCUGUCUCUCCGACAGAAGACAAGUUCAGCAGCUGAUUCAUCCAGAAGCCACCAUGUGAAUCAUACUGGAGCCAGAACCAAACCAAUGAGGACACAUGCUUUGGAAGUUGAAGUAGAGGAGGAGGAGGAAGAAGAGGAAAUUGACACCCAAGGAAUAAAUGGACAUGAUAGCAGCUCGGAGAAACACGAUGCACAUGACAACCAGGAAGGAGAAGGUGUACGUCGCAGCACACGUCAGCGGAAGCUGAUUUAUGACAACUUUAAUACAAGUUGGAUCCUAGGCACUCAGACUCUGCGUGGCUAUCCUAUGUUUCUGUCGGUGAAGGAACCUGUUGGGACACGAGUUGAUAAGGGGCUUCGCCAAGAAGAGGUGGAGCAAGUGGGGCCUGGUGAGGAACAAGAUGACGUAAAAGAGGUUCACAAGAAGCGACGCACAUUGUCAGAGCUGGAACCUGCUGUUAUUGAUGAUGGAUAUGAGGACAUGUAUUCAAGAGUGAAACGACCUCGUCGACCUGUUCAAGGCAUGAUGUAUUCUCCUCAGAAGAAUAAACCACAUCAGACGAAGCUCAUGGAUGGCAGUGAGGAAGAGCCCACUGAAACACAAAGUAGUCGCAGCUCAACAGAUGAUGAAAGUGGAGCUGAUGGGCCCACAGGAAAAUACCAUCUGCGAAAGACAAAACCAACAGUUGAUAGAUUCCAGGCCAAUGUUGAUCCUCCACGCCGUUCAUCACGAAUUCUACGUUCGGUAUUGUGUAGUUCUGUCAGGCGGCGUCGUCACCACGGCCCAGCGCGGGAUGCCAGCUCUUCUAGCAGCAGUGAUGAAGAAAGGUUUGAUAGAAAGAAAAAUAAGGGACGUACGAAGACUCGUAACAGUAUCAGGUGUCUGCCACUGAACUUCAAUGCAACUGCUAUUCCAGCUUCAAGCAAUCAUGCACGUGGUCCUGUAGACCAUAAACAGAUUGUAUCAACGUUAGCUGAUGUAGACCCAAUGUCACUUGACCGUAGUAUCAGGUUUUGUCAUGUGGGUGGACUUGAAAGCCACAUUCGCUGCCUUAAAGAGAUGGUUGUGUUUCCAAUGCUGUACAGAGAAGUGUUUGAAAAGUUUCAUAUCCAGCCUCCCAAAGGAGUUCUCUUUCAUGGACCACCAGGUACUGGUAAAACACUUAUUGCUCGAGCCCUGGCAAAUGAGUGUAGUCAAGGGGAUCGUAAGGUGUCCUUUUUCAUGCGGAAAGGGGCUGAUUGCCUGAGCAAAUGGGUUGGAGAGUCUGAACGUCAGCUGAGAUUGUUAUUUGAACAGGCUUAUCAGAAGCGUCCAUCUAUAAUUUUCUUUGACGAAAUUGAUGGCUUGGCUCCAGUAAGAUCAUCAAAGCAGGACCAGAUCCAUGCAAGUAUUGUCUCUACUCUCCUUGCUCUAAUGGAUGGGCUUGACAACAGAGGAGAGAUCAUUGUCAUAGGCGCAACCAAUCGUAUUGAUGCCAUAGAUCCAGCAUUGCGGCGGCCUGGUCGUUUUGAUCGUGAAUUAUACUUCCCUCUUCCUGCCAAAAAGGAGCGCCAAGAGAUCUUACGAAUUCAUGUAAGCCAAUGGGAACAACCUCCCAGUGCUGGUUUGUUGAGUCACCUGGCAGAACAAGCAGUUGGGUAUUGUGGCUCAGACCUUAGAGCACUUUGCUCUGAAGCUGUAAUUCAAGGUCUCCGAAGAAGAUAUCCUCAGAUUUAUAAGUCCUCUCAGAAGUUGCUCCUUGACCCCAAUGCUGUCAAGGUUGAAAGAGUUGAUUUCAUCCGAGCUAGGUGUCACAUUGUGCCUGCUUCACAUCGAGUUAUGCCAAAUGCAGGCCGAAAGUUGUCUGCUUUUAUUGAACCAUUGCUGAAGAAACCUCUUGAUCAUGCAAUCCGUUCAUUGAAAGAAUCAUUUCCACAGGGCAUAUCACGUUCAGUUGCCAGUAACUCAAAAAUAGUGGGAACUUCUAGAACCAUUCAUAGACCACGUCUGCUGUUGGUUGGUUCAAGUCCCAGACAAGGUCAGACGUCACAUCUUGGACCAUCUCUUCUGCACCAUAUGGAACAUGUGGCUGUUCACACUCUUGAUCUGUCAUCUCUGUUUGAGGUGUCAGGAAGAACUCCUGAAGAAGCAUGUAUUCAGAUUUUUCAAGAGGCUCGUCGUAAUCUGCCAUCAGUAAUAUACGUUCCUGCAAUUGCUCAGUGGUGGAGUUUGGUUCCAGAGACUCUUCAUGCAGUAUUUUUGUCACAUCUCUGCAAAUUGGAUCCAAGUGCACCAAUUUUACUUAUUGCAACAGCUGAUGUUCCAUAUAAUGCUUUGCCUAAUGAGGUUCGCUCACUGUUUAGUGAGUAUCGAGAUGAGGUGUUAGUUAUGCAAGAUCCACCUGCAAGUGACAGGGAAUCAUUUUUCAAGCCAUUAUUCAUAACUGAAGCUGUUCGUCCACCAAAGGAGCCUCGGAAAGUGUCCGAUCAUCUUGAAGAACUCCCUUUAGCUCCUCCUCCAGAGCCUCUAAAGCUGACUGAAGAAGAACUAAAAGCCUUAUAUGAAAAGGAAGAAGCCACUCUGAGAGAGUUGCGAAUAUUUUUACGUGAAAUAUGUGCAAAGCUUGCACGCAAUCGUCAGUUCUUCAUGUUCACAAAGCCAGUUGAUAUCCAAGAAGUGCCAGAUUAUUUGACCAUCAUAAAGCAACCAAUGGACUUGGAGACAAUGAUGACAAAAAUAGAUCUACAUCGAUAUGUGUGCGCUCAGGACUUCCUUGAUGAUGUUGACUUGUUAUGUCACAAUGCACUGGAAUAUAAUCCAGACAGAGAUCCUGCUGAUAAGUUGAUUCGUCACCGUGCCUGUUCUUUACGUGAUACUGCAUACACUUUAAUAAAAGCUGAGAUGGAUUCUGACUUUGAAGAACAGUGUAAAGAGAUAUCUCGAGCAAGGAGACAUCGGGCUGAAUCUCCAUCCAGGUUUGCACCUGAAUUUGUGCGCACCAAACCAUGGGCUUCUCAAGUAGCUCCAGAUGAAGGUGAGUCUCAGAAAAAUGCAGUGUUAUCCAAAGAAUCACAGGGAGUAGCAACCAAAGAGGAAGAAGCAAAGUCAGUCAACCAAACAAGUGUCCCCACAUGUGGUACAAAUGGGAGUCCAGGAAUGAGGAAACGUGUUUGGAAAUUUGGGGGCAGUGGGAGUGAGAAUUCCCGCCCUAAGAAGCGACGGACUUGGGCAAGAGGUUUUAUCAAGGCCAAGAACAAAAAAAUGUCUAUGCGUAGAAUUGUGUCUUCAUUUCCACCUCAUGCUUCCAACCAUACAGCCUCCCCUUCAUCAACCAAUGCCUCAACUGAGUCAAGUUGUGCAUCCCUGAUGCAAGAUACAAGCUCACAGGGACACAAGGAAGAUCGAGGACCUUGGAGAAUAGAUGAUGCGUUUCAAGAUGCCAGCAAGGAGUUUAAUACCAAUGAUAGCAAUCUCUCAAAGAAUUGUCUGCUUGUAGUUAAUGGUGAACAUCUGAAUAGUACAGCAAGUCCUACUUUGUUUGCUGAUGUUGCCCUGGCAAAGACAGAGUCGUCAAAUGAAGAGAACCAAGAUGUUUCUCAGACUCUGAAUCGAUGUUUGACACCAAUGUCUUCCCACUGCCAAAGUAUCUCUGAGUCAUUUAUUGAAGAUACCCUGAAUGAUAAUGAUGCUGCUGAUGAUUUAAUCAGCUUUUGUGAUGGUGCUAGUCAAGAUGAUGCUGGUGAAAUAGUCAGCAAGCAAUGUAUUAGUGUUCUCAGUAGUCAAUAUGUAGAGAAACAGACUGAUCUAGGUACAAGAACAAUAGAAAUUGAUGUGGAUGAGCUAAAGCACUUACUGGCUAGAGCUGUGAAGAUAACAAAGCAUUGUCAAGUGGAAACAUUAGUUGAAUUAUACAUUCAGCUAAACAAAUGUGUGAUCAGGCAUAGUAAGUUGUGGACCAGAACAUCACUACCUCAGGAACUUGAAAAAGAACUGAGUCGUUUUGAAGAACACAGUAGUAGCGACAUCACUGCCAGUUAAUUUGAUUCCUAAUUUACAACCAAACUGUGUCAAGUGCUCAAGAUUGUGUCAUGACCACUGCCAAUGUACUAUCUUCAAUUCGUCCAAGCUGUCUUAUCUGUUGAUCGCUCAGUCAGGCAAUGGAUGAAGUCCAGUACAGUAUUAGCCUCAAAUUUAAGGGAAUAGGGGCCAUUGAGGUUUAUAGUUCAUAGUAUGAAGAGUAUAAGCGAUGAAAAAGUGUGGACUAUGACGUAAGUUACCAGACCACGUGCAAUUGCAGGUUACAUCAUUAAUUAAUGAAAAUAUUGGGUUCUGUAUGAUGUGAGAGAACUUGAGUUGGUUCUAUUAAUGUCAUUAUAUAGAAGAUUGUGGAGAUAUAUAGGUUUAUAAGGUUGUGAGUGAAGCAGUCCCAUUCUAUUUUUGUCAUAUUUCUGUUAGUUUGUGUUGAAAAAGAAAGCAUAGGUCAGAAAUAUGUAAUUGAAAAUUUGUGCUCAGGAAAUCAUUACUUCUAAAAUCUAAGGCUGAAUCACUGGAAAUCUUAAGGGAAUGAUAGUUGAAGUCCACUGGUCGAAGGUAACAAUAUAUUUAAAUGUCGAUUGAUGUUAUGUUAUAUAUCUUUUAUUUAGAUUUGUCUUCUGUUAUAUAUCUUCCAUCAUGCAGUUAGAUACAUUGAUAUUAAUGUGUAGUUCCCUUUGUAAUAACUUUUUUAAAAGUAUUACCUUGAGACUAUUUGGGCUAAAUUUAAAACAGGUUAUCAGUAAUAAUCACAUGAUAGCUGUUUGUACUAACUGAUUAUUUAUAGUGAUUUAAAGAAGUUUGUAUGGAAAGGAGAUAGAUAGGUCAAGGCAUUUUCUGGCUAGAAAUGCAAUGCUGAGAACCAGGCUUAGCUUAUAAUUUAGAUGAACUGUUAACUUAUUUUUGUGUUUUAUUGUGUGAAGUAUUUCAUAAGCAGGUCAAGUGUCUAUUAGGUAACAAAAUGGCUUGCUUCUGUCUUCUUGUUCACUGGUAUAUAAUAUAUUAUUUGAAUCAACUUGUGAUCUCUUAAUGACAUAGAUGUUUUUAUUGUGUAAUACCUUUAGAAAAGCUAAUUUAUUGAUUCAAUUUUAAAAUUAGUAUGUUUUAUAAAAAUAUAUAUAUACUACAGUUUAGGGAACUUACAGAUAUCUCUCUCUUUAUGUUAAGUAAAUGGGAAUAAAGUUUGAUUUAAAAAUUGAAAAAUGCUAAGGACUUAUUGUAGAUGAGAAUUGUCAUAAGAACAAGAUACUUUUAUAAUAUAGUGCAGAAAAGGACUGAGAAUUGUCAAAUAUUGUAUGAUGUUUUUGAAUGUAAGGAGGUGAACACUAAGUUCCAGUUAUGUUUAUUUUCUGUUUCCUUGAUAUGAUUGAAAUUUAUACAUUAAUGGAUAUUUAAUUUGCUAUUUAAAGUGUGAUUGACCAGCUGCUUCUAUUUGAGAGAUUAUGUUUGAUAUUAUGUCGUCUGCUGCUGAUUUUUUUCUAAACUAGAUAAUUUGGUACCACUUCUUUAUUUUCACUUUAAGUAGGAUAAUUAUUUGGGAUAAACUGAAGUAGAUUGAUAAGGAUAGCUGCAGCACUUCAUAGAUAACUAAUUUCUUUGCAUUUGGAAUUGUAAGUUUGAAACAAGGGGACCAUUUUUUCUCUCAUGCUCUGAUUUUGUUGCUGCUGAAAGGCAGUUUCUGUUUUCUGGUUUGUGCCAAACUCAUGUGUGUAUUGAACUGUGGAGAAUGGAAAUCAUACAACAAAGCAACACGAAACUAGUCAGAGAGCAUUUAAUAGUUAUAAAGUAAUUUUAACCUGUACAUUCGUUGGAUUUCUUGCCAUGUACUUUAUCCCAGUGAGUGAAAUAUUCUUCAUAACUGCAAAAUCCAAAACAAAAUUUCAAUGUAGUUUCACUGAUAUACAACAAGCAAAAAUGAUCAACAUUCUAAAACUAAGAAAAUGUAAGUUUAACAUGCAUGCUGUGUGUGCUCCAGUUCCAUUUACAUACAAAUAUAUGUUCAUACUUGUUAGAGGGUUAAUGGACACAUUUUUGCAAUCAGAAUAAUUUAUUUUAAAACAAGUUUAGAUUUCAUAUGUUCAAAUUCUUUAUAAUAUGUUGGUCUGAUGUUUCCAGUAACUUGUUCAGGAUUGGUCACUUGGUUUCUGACAUUUGUUGCCUAGCAGAUGUCACUACAGUAUAUUCCGUAAGUUUGAAAUAAUGGACGGCAUUGUAGUUUUGACGUAGCUAAUGCAAGAUGUGAAUUGUUUGUAGUAUGACAUCAUUGUCUGGUAACAGUUCUGUCCCAAAGAUGCACGACAUGUAUUUUACUGCGUACACCCUGGCUUUCAGAUGGUCCCUUAGGUAGAAGUCAAGAUAUGUAAGGUCAGGAGACUGGUGGUCAUUCCACUGGUCCCCCACAUUCCAGUCCAGUGUUGAGGCAACUGUUCAUUUAAUCAAUUGCAGUUUGUAAGGAUACCAUUGAUUUGUCUGUAAAAUGUGGUGAAUACUAUGAAUUUUGACACCCCAUUUUUUUGCAGUCAUGCAGUGCAGAGAUUUCUUUUGGCUGAAUGUAAAUCUUCUUUGAUUCUUCUGUGUUCCAUUCGUCUGUAGGAUACUAAUUUUCUGGUGUCAGAUUUAGAAUAUGUGAUUCAGAUAUUCACUGUACUGUCCAUUUUCAGAUUUUAUUAUAAGUGAUAUGUGUAGAUAUAUAUCAGUAUUGGAAGUGUUUGUGGAAUCGGCCCUUUUAAUGUUACAAUGUAAUCUGACCAUUUGCACUGUAUCAUUGUGGUCAUAAACUCACCACCUGACAUUGUCCUUUUCUUUUUCAUGGCUACUUAAAGAAAAUGGUAGCAAUUUUAGGAUUGGCCCGUCGUGGUUAUAUUGUAUACCAAUUUUGUUAUAAAUAUUCCACAAUCUUGUUAUUUUGGAUUUCAGAGAACAUGAUCAAAUAAUUAUUAUUUAAUCUGUCAAAUGGUAAGAGGCUGGUAAAUUUUUUUUUGUAUUGACGUAAUUUUUGGGUUUGGAAUGAAAUGAAUUUAUGUAAUCUGAGUUUUGCAGAGAUCGUGACAGUCUUACAUGUUUAUGUUUGAAUUAUGUAUCUAUUAAUUUAUUAUUGAACCUGGUGAUGGAAUAGAUGCUUGUGAAUUUACAUUUUACCAAAUUGUUGUGCAAGGUCUACAGAAUAAAUGUUUAUGUGGCUGAAAUACAAAGAAACAAUGCAAAUCUUUGUUAGCAGCCACUUUAAUCUAUUGCCAUGUCAUAAGCAAUAGCAUUAGAGGUGCAUGCUUUCAGACAUCUGAUUACGAGGUUUAGGUCUGUUCAUGUGUGUAAAGCCUGAUUUGAAAACAAGCUAUGUCAGAUUUUUUGCGAGGAUGUUAUGUGAUUUGCAUUUAUUUGUAUGGAUGCAAAACAGUUGCUGUGGGAAGGUGGAUGACAUCAUGCAGGUUUACCUCGUCUUCAACACUUCUUCGCCUUCCUACACCAGUAUGACUGUACUUGUGAAAUAUUAAUGUCAACAAAAAUUCAAACAGUGCCUGAACAAAUGCAUGCAUAAGCUUCACAUUUCACUGCCACAUUUUUAUUAAUUUGUUAUAAUUAAUACAGAAAUUUAGGCACAUGUAGACAGAAAAAGCUCUGAAGAUGGAGAUGUCUGUAUCUACCUAAAAGUCCACAUAGCUUUACAACUCAGAAAGAGUUGGUAAAUAAUAUUAUGCAGCAGACUUUUUAUAAAUUAUGGUAUUGCUUACAUUCCAUUUUGUGAGUUUUUGUUAAACCUAUCACCCCCUUAUAUGUUUUGUAGUUUGUGAUUUAAAUUGGGGAAGUAUUGCAAGCAUAAGUCGCUGCUUUUGAAAUCCUUGAACGAAGUAAAAGCAUUGGCAUACGCACAUUAAGAUGGAGUUCCUUAAUGGAAGCCUUUGAAAAUGCUUCAUCUAUCUGGACUGUAAACUGCAGCGUACGCACAAUAAUGUAAUGAAGUUAUAGUCUAAGGUUUAGGAGACUGUCUUCCUCCGUAAUGAUGAUUCAUACCCAUGACUGGUUCUCAGAGCUUCUCGUCCUGGUCCAGGCUGUCAGUCAUCACAUAAUCUGUGUUGUUUAACUGGUUGUUACUGAUUUGUCGUUGCUUAGUAGCCCUACUGUGUUUCAGUAUGUUGAGUGUCUCAUUGUGUUUUUUUUUUUUAUACCCAGAUCUCAGUGACCUCUUUCACUGUGUGAUCCAUGUACCCUGCUUUACCAGUCGGUACAAUUUUGUUCUUGAAAUUUUGGGUGGUUUUUAUCAGUGCUGUGUUGGUCACCAGCAGCUUGUCCAGACAAGCCUGGAGAGUGUCUCUUUGUAAUAUUAUAAUGCAUUACAAUAACAAAUCAGGUUUUUUUUUCAAGAAGUAAUGAUACUUGUCACGUUAAUGAAAUUGUCUUGAUGCAGUGAUUUAAAAUUGACUAAAUGUAGAUUAAGUACAUUUACCAGUGUAGGUUUUUAAGAAUACGCAUUGGGGAAGAAAAAGGAGAUUUAGGAGGGUAGGCCAGUAACCUGUAAGUGAAGUAGGGGGAUGGGAAACUAAUCCAGUACUUCAGACAUUCAUUGACUUGUAGAAUUAUUUCAUUGUAUGAUGUUUUUAGCCAGUAGCACGAAGCGCCAAACUUUUUUUUAUCUUUAGGGCAGGCCUACUUAAACAGUCUAUAUAAUAUUUGUACAUUGCGAUUUUCUCUUUUGUAAUUCCAGUAGUCAUUUAGCACAGGGAAAUUUAUUGUCAGCGUUUGACAAGUGCUUUAAAUAUGGAGUCUUCCCUCAAUGCUCAAAGUGUGGGUAGGAUAUAUUAGGCAUUCAUUGUAACCUGAUCUCUGCAAUUUGAACUCCACUGGUCUUGUUAUGUGUAAUAUUUAUAGCUGAUAUAGAUAAAUGUAAUUUUGUUAGUGAUCACCUCCUAAUGCCACAGUAAUUUCUUUACUGCAAAAUUUUUCAUUAGUUGUGUAAACUGUCAAAAAACUAACCAAAGAUAAAUGCUGUAUAUUAAUAAUUCUAUAGGUAGACGGGCACUGUUGAGACAAUUGAAGCUCAUAUAGUGAUGCAUCUAUCCAUAGAGUUUCAAAAUUUUUGUAGUAGAAGAAACACACAUUACAUAUUUUAUUGGGUAUUCAGUGUAAAUUUAUACAUUUCACCAGUUAUUCAUUUACUAGUCAGGAAUGUUGGAUUGCAUUUCUAAAUUUAGAUUAAAAUUGUAUUUAAAAUAUGUUGCAAGACAUUACAUUUAGUGGUGUUGGCGAUUUGGAAUGAAAUCUAAUACCUCAUCAUUCUAGGGAAGAAAAAAUGAUUGCUGUCAUUCACUUUCCUUUGCAUAACAUGUUUGCAUCUGGCAACUAAGAGACUGCAAUUGAAACUAUAGUUAAAUGUUUGAUUGCAUUCUUUUCUUGCAGUAAAUCUGACAUUGUGCUUCCACGUUGGCUUGCAUCUGUCAGAAUGAUAACAGUUUCUUUCUUCUAAUAAUGAUAAUAAUAAUAUUAAAAUCACAAUGUAUCACUGCCACGUGCACGACACUUAAAAAUGAGUUCCUUCCCUGUCCCUUCCUGUUUCUCAAACUUUGUACUGUGAUUUGCUGUUUGUAUGCUACAAGAUACUGCCCAGUAAUUCCAUGAUUUAGUUAAAUUUAAGGUGAACACAAUUUAUAUUGAUAUUUAUUGAAAUGUUUGCUCAUUUCUAAUAACAACAAUUUUACUUUGCUCUGAGCUGCCAAAGCCAAGGGAUAUGUGCCGUUCAGAAAUUUUUCAUCAGUUGGUGCUUGGGUGUCUUUUGUGAUUAUUGCUACCCCAAGUAUUAAUUUAAGCCUGGGUUAAAUUUCUGAAUAUAUUUUGAAAUGUAGUUAUGUCUUUUCAUGGAGUAUUGUAUUGAUGUCCAUUGAAAAUCAUCUACAAAGAAUUGUCAACUGCCUUAUGAAUGAUUAUCAUGUGUGUUAUGCAUUAUAGUGACAAAAAAUAAAUCAAGUAUUUAAAUAUGA